AUGUUUACUGAAAUUAGUGUCACUGUGUUUUCCUUCAUCAAUCUACGGUCACACCUAGCAGCUCACAGAGGGACAUACACUUUUUUUGAGGAGUGCAACCGCGUCAAAAAUCAACUCGCGCUACGCAAAAUCAUCUCCAGGAUCGGGAUGCAUAUAAUGAUACGCGGAUCAGCUGCUCAGGAGGAAGAUCCACCACUUGGCAUGUAUCUAUAUUUGUGA